AUGGGAGAGCGUGAGGUCAAUCUUCCGCAACUUUUCUCUGACGUGUCGCGAACAAUAAGCGGUAUUUCUAAUAUCAUGGGAGCUGGUGCAGAAGCGUCUGGGGAUGGACCUGGAACUGGGUCUAGUAGCGCUGGUGUCGGAGGUGGUCCAUCUAUUGCUGGUAACAUUUUUGGUAACACUUGUUUCAAGGCAUGCGGUAUGGAAGAUAUUCAAUUUGCUGCGAGAGCUGCCGGAGAAAUGUUCUCAACUAUCAAAAUGUGUGUUCUCAUGUCUACAAUCAUCUCAUUGCUUCUCCUCGUACUCCUCUCAACGGCACUUCUCUAUUUCAUGUGCUCCUACAAUCAGGUAUAA